AUGUCUGGUUAUGUCGAGUCUUUCAAGGCGCCGACUGAACUAUUCACCCCGCUGCACAUUGGGCGAUACCAGCUGGCGCAUCGCAUUAUCCUCGCUCCUUGUACCAGGUGUCGAUCUCCAGCGCAGGUUCCGGGUGAAUUGAACGCCGAAUAUUAUUCCCAGCGUGCGACUCCAGGCGGGUUGUUGAUCACUGAGGCUACAUUCAUCUCCGAGCGCGCUGGUGCAUUCGCCAGAGUUCCCGGCAUCUUCACCUCCGAGCACAUCAGAGGAUGGAAGACGGUUACCGAUGCCGUGCAUAGAAAGGGUGGAUAUAUUUUCCUGCAGCUAUGGCACACUGGACGAUGCCCUCCCGACGUGUCUCCAUACCCGCCCUUGUCCAGUUCCAACAAACGACUCGAAGGGUGCUGCCCAUUCAAUCCCAACCAAGUGCCCUUUGCAGAGCCCAAGCCCAUGACAAUUGAAGACAUGCACCAAGUUUGUCAGGAUUACGCAAAAGCGGCCGCCAACGCAGUUGAGGCGGGGUUUGACGGCGUCGAGAUUCAUGCUGCUAAUGGCUACUUGGUGGAUCAAUUCCUUUGUGACAAUAUUAAUGACCGGACAGACGAGUUUGGAGGCAGUAUCGAGAAUCGAGCACGGUUUCCGCUGAUGAUCUUCGACGCACUGAUCGCAAGCAUAGGCGCCGACCGAGUCGGAAUACGGCUUUCGCCAUUCGGGAACGUCCACGGCGCCGCCGACUCGGAUCCACAUGCCACCUGGGGCUACGUGUGUCGAGAGCUGGAGAAGAGACAUGUUGCCUACGUGCACCUCGUGGAACCUCGACAUCACGACCUGUUCCAAACUACGGAGCAGAAGCUCAAGUUUCUCGAAGCGGCCGCAGCGCGAAUGGGCCGAGAAGUGGAAGAUGCGUUGACACUCCGUCCGUUCAAGAAAGCCCUGGGCUCGACGCCCAUCAUUGUCGCGGGUGGUGGGCUUGAGGUGGCUGUGAGUCGAUUUGCAGACCACGAGGCCGAUGGCCUGGCUUUUGGUCGGUUUUUCAUCGCCAAUCCUGACUUACCACAUCGAUUGAAACAUGGUCUGCCGUUGAACCGGUGGGACCGCACACUCUUCUACACACCCGGCCCAAGGGGUUACACCGACUAUCCUACAGCCUGA